GUGGCGGCCGGUGCGGGGAGCCGUGGGUAUGGCGGCUACCGUUGGUCGCGUACUGCGGCUGGGAGGCCGUUGGAGCGCGGCGGUGCCGGGCGGGCCGCGAGCCCAGGAAGCUUAGCAUUUAUUUGAAUACAAAAAGCCACUUGAGAAAACUUGGAAGAAGAUUCCACUGAGGACUGUUAAAAACCAGAUAUCAGAAUGUCUUUGAACCGCAGAUUGUGGGAAACUGGGGAAGAGUCCUGGGAAAAUGGUGUUAAGGCUAAUCUAUACCACUAAAGCAGUGCAGAGAAAAAAUGUAGGAGCCUCAGGACCUGAAAAGUACACAGAGGAAUUUAUUAAAAAACAGAUUGAAGAGUUCAACCUAGGAAAGAGACAUUUAGCCAACAUGAUGGGAGAAGAUCCAGAAACUUUUACCCAAGAGGAUAUUGAUAGAGCUAUUGCCUAUCUCUUUCCUUCUGGCUUAUUUGACAAAAAAGCCAGGCCCAUGAUGAAGCAUCCUACUGAAAUUUUUCCAGAGCAGAGGAAAAUCCAGUGGGGAGAAGAUGGCCGACCAUUUCACUUUCUCUUCUAUACUGGAAAGCAGGCAUAUUAUUCAUUAAUGCAUGACACAUAUGAAAAAUUGCUGAACGUUCAGAAGUAUGAAGAUGAACUGACAGCUGAAGACUUACCUCCUCAGAAGGAAAAAAAAAACCUGGCUGGCAGCAGAUGGCUGACUAAGAUUGAAUUGGAAGAAAUGUUGUUAGAAAAACUGUCAGAUAAUGAUUAUUCAAGGUUUAUUCAACUCUUGCAAAAAUUGAUGACGUUGCCACGUGGUGACAUCGAAGAGAAGUAUAUACAGAAGUUUACCAAAGAAGUUCCUGUGCAGUUACAAAAGGUAGUUAUUGAGCCCUUGAAGUAUGAUGAGCGAGGAGUGGCCUUCAGCACUGGUGAAGGUAGAAGAAAAACUGCAAGAGCUACUGCAGUAGUGUAUGACAAUGGGAGUGGAAAAGUUACAGUGAAUGGAACAGACAUUUUACAUUACUUCCCAGUGCUGCAGGACAGAGAACAGUUGUUGUUCCCUUUCCAGUUUCUCGACAGAAUUGGAAAACAUGAUAUGGUUUGCACAGUCUCUGGUGGAGGAAGAUCAGCACAGGCUGGAGCAAUACGUUUAGCCUCUGCAAAAGCCUUAAGGAGCUUUGUGACAGAAAAGGAGGUGGAAUUCAUGAGGCUAGCUGGACUACUAACGUAUGACCCACGUGUGAAGGAGCGAAAAAAGCCUGGUCAGGAGGGAGCCAGACGGAAAUUCACCUGGAAAAAGCGAUAAGUCUGAGUAUUUAAAGAACAACAGAGUGCUGCCAGAAUUCCAGAACAUACUGAUUUAUGAUUUAAAACUGUUGUAUAAAUAUAUUUAGUAAUAAAGAUAUUUU